UUGACAGUUGCAGCGCCUGAUUGUAUCUGUUCUUGUUUUGUUUCGUACCACGUGUGUUUUAAAUAAUAUUAGUUAAGCAUUUAUAAAUGAAUACUGUAUUAUACAUAUAACGCUAUGUCUUCGUCAUCUUCAGAUAGCGAGCCAGAGACGAGGGGACCAGCGCCAAGACUCGGUCCUUGCGAAGUAUGUGGGUCAAAGGAAGCCCAAUACACAUGCCCUAAGUGCGAAGUAAAGACAUGCUGUUUGAACUGCGUUAGGCUUCACAAAAUGGAGUUAAAAUGCGACGGCAUAAGGGACCGAACGAAGUUUAUUCGCGUCAAAGAUUUCACCGACAGAGACUUGUUGAGCGACUACAGGCUGUUGGAGGAGUGUGCCAGGUUCGUGUACGGCGUGAAAAGGGACGAGAAGAAAAGGUUCACUAGGAUAGACAAGGAUUUGCCAGUUCAUCUGUUUAAAUUAAAAAUGGCGGCCAGAGACCGUGGAAUAGCGCUUCAGUUCCUCGCUCAAAACUUCACGAGGCAUUCCUUAAACACUACUCGCUAUAACUAUAAAACUAACCUGAUUAGUUGGCGAGUGGAGUGGAUCUUCCCGAAUGCUGAACCGGAUAUGGUGAAAUUUGUUGACGAGAAAUGCUUGGAGACUAAGAGGCUUUCCGAGCUGUUGGAUAAGUACUUGGAUGUCAACGCAGAACCAUUUGAAGGAUCUAAGGCACUGACAUAUUAUAAAUCUGUUGGGUUUAAUGGAGUCAAAGUAUUGCUAAGAGCGGAGAAAGUGAAGGGAUGCUCCCGCAAGUUCUUUGAGCUGGACCCGAGUGAGACGUUAGCGGAGAACCUCUCCGGGAAGUGCAUAGUGGAGUUCCCGCUUGUGUUCGUCGUGCUGAAGGACCACGCAUACAACUUUGACAUUAUCACUCCUGAGGACGAAUUCGAAGAAGAACAACCAGCCACAGAAUCUCCACAAGUCCAAGAACCGAGGCGGAAACGGCCGCUCCUCACCGAGAAGGUGGCGCUCGAGAAACAGAAGGAAAUACAGAAGGAGAUCAAAGAGGAUAAGAAGAAGAAGCCCAAGAAUCUUCUGUUCACGACGGGGUACUCGUCCGAGGAGAGUUUAGACGCUAGCGAUGAGGAGGGUGUUAAGAAUUGAAAGUGUAUUAAAUCUAUGUAAAAUAUUAUAAAUGCAAUAAACUAAUUAUGUCGGAGACUGGUGGUAACAUCUGGCGUAUACAGGGAUAAGGAGGGGAUUAUGAUUAAUAAAAUAACUCUGUACAUAUAA